AUGGUUCACGUGACCAGAAUUAGUCUCUCAGCCACGUGGCUGUCUGCGACUGCGAAAGGUCUGGCGUCCGAAAGAUGUACGGGCGCCUCGAAUGCGUCCUCGGAGACCGAUACAUUUUCCCUCACCGAACAUGACGAUGAUCGAAUUCCUCCCUAUGCGAUACUUUCGCAUAGAUGGCUGGAAGAUACCGAGGAGCCCACAUUCGAAGACCUAGAAAAUGGCACGGCCGACAAAAAGCUUGGAUAUGAGAAGAUUCGAUUCUGUGGAGAACAAGCGAGACGGGAUGGCCUACAAUACUUUUGGGUGGACACAUGUUGUAUCAACAAGACAAAUCACGCCGAACUCUCACAGGCUAUCAACUCCAUGUUUCGCUGGUACCGCAACGCAACACGAUGCUACGUCUACUUAUCCGACGUCCCGAGCCCUCUCUCCCGCACCAGCAAAGAGUUUAAUCCACAAUCGUGGGACUCGGAUUUUUGGAAAAGCAAAUGGUUCACUCGGGGAUGGACGCUCCAGGAGCUUCUUGCCCCCCGUUCGAUCGAUUUCUUCUCCUGCGAAUGGAAGUGGCUUGGUAACAAAGUUUCUUUGCAGUACCAAAUCCACAGGAUAACAGACGUUCCUACCCCGGCGCUUCAAGGAGCUCCUUUAUCUCAGUUCAGUGUGGAUGAGCGAUUUCUGUGGAUAGAACGUCGCCAGACAAAGCUCAAAGAAGAUAAAGUAUAUUCGUUGCUCGGCAUUCUCGACGUUAAAAUACCCCUAUUCUACGGUGAGGGAGGGGCCAACGCUUUCAGAAGAGUCCGGGAGGUUAUCGACAAGCGAGAAAAAUGUAUCCAGGACUUACGCCUCACCGAUCCCCGUGAUAAUAAGAAGCGUAUUGAGGAGACCAAGGGCGGAUUACUAGAGGAUUCAUACAGCUGGAUUCUCGAAAACUCCCAGUUCCAGCAAUGGCGCUGCGGCGAGGACAGUCCACUACUAUGUAUCAGGGGCGAUCCCGGCAAGGGCAAGACGAUGCUGCUGUACGGAAUCAUCAACGAGCUGCAUAAAUCAAUAGUCGACGCGGCUCUUCUGUCAUACUUCUUCUGCCAGGCUUUCGAUUCGCGAAUUAACAACGCCGCGGCCGUCCUACGAGGUCUGAUAUAUAUGCUUGUUGGACAGCAGCCAACGCUCAUCUCACAUAUUCAGAAAAAGUACGAUCAUGCAGGCAAAGCUCUCUUCGAGGACGCGAAUGCGUGGGCCGCUUUGUCCGAGAUCUUGGCAAACAUUCUGCAAGAUCCGAGCAUGGACAUAACGUACCUAGUCAUCGUUGCACUCGACGAAUGCGUUGAUGACUUGCAAAAAUUACUAGACUUUAUCGUCCAAACGUCGUCUGUUUCUCCUCGAGUUAAGUGGAUCGUCUCUAGCCGUAAGUGGCCCAGUAUUGAGAAGGACCUCGACGCUGUAACGCAGAAUAUACGGCUGUUUCUUGAGCUUAACGAAAAAUCGAUCUCCGCAGCUGUUGCCACAUACAUCCAGUUCAAGGUCGAUUGGUUGGCGAAACGAAACAGAUAUGGUAAUGAUACGCAGGACGCUGUUCAGCGCUACUUGUCUCUAAACGCAGACGGCACGUUUCUCUGGGUGGCCUUGGUGUGCCAGGAACUAACCAAUAUCUCGGGAUGGAAGGCUCAAAAGAAGUUAACGGCGUUUCCGCGUGGACUCGAUGCCCUCUACGGGCGAAUGAUAGACCAGAUCAAGAGUUCAGAGGAUUCUGAGCUCUGCAAACGUAUUCUGGCCGUCGUCUCGACUGUCUACCGAUCUGUCACGUUGGAUGAGCUGACGUCUUUCGUCGACAUGCCUGACGAUGUCUCUUACCAUGACGAAGCUCUAUCGGAGAUUAUAGCACUCUGUGGCUCUUUCCUGACACUUCGUGAACGCACCGUCUCGUUCGUUCAUCAGUCGGCAAAAGAAUUUUUACUUAAGGGGGCGCUGCACGAGAUUUCCCUCAUGGGAUCGGUCCACGUUAUGUCCAUGGGGCUACGAAGAGACAUCUACGGCUUACGUACGUUGGGAUAUCCCAUCGAGCUUGUGAAACGGCCAGAGCCGAAUCCGUUAGCAGCGUUACGCUACUCGUGUAUCUACUGGGUCGACCACCUCUGUGACUGGAGUUCACUUUCUUAUACUAUUCAAGGAAUUAGCCUACAGGAUGGGCUCGCCGUCGAGGACUUCGUCAGAAAGAAAUAUCUUUACUGGCUCGAGGCUCUCAGCCUUUGCGGCGCUAUGUCGGCAGGGGUAAUAUCACUAGCGAAACUCGAGACUCUCCUUAAGGCAGGAACCGCCACGCCUGCGUUACUCGAGGUAGUUCGAGAUGGGCGCCGAUUCAUUAUGAAUCAUAAGCACGCGAUAGAAAUCAGUCCUCUUCAGGUGUAUGGGUCUGCACUUAUGUUUAGUCCGAUUGGUAGCCUGAUAAGAGGUCUUUUCAAGCACGAAGAGUCAAACUGGAUCGUAAUCCAGCCGCCGAUGAGAGAUGGAUGGAGUGCGUGCCUACAGACGCUCGAGGGUCACAGCGGCUUGGUCAACUCGGUGACCUUCUCACACGACUCGACUCGGCUCGCGUCCGCAUCUAACGACGGCACGAUCAAGAUCUGGGAUGCGGGUAGUGGCGCCUGUCUACACACGCUCAAGAAUCAUAGCGCCUUUGUCAACUCGGUGACGUUCUCACACGACUCAGCUCGGCUGGCGUCAGCGUCGUUCGAUCAUAUGAUCAAGAUCUGGGAUGCGGGCAGCGGCAGCGGCACCUGUCUACACACGCUCGAGGUUGGGAAGGCUCUCUACAGCAUAUCCUUCGAUGUUACUAGCUCAUCUCUUCAUACUGAAAACGCCUCAAGGCCUAGUAUAUCAAGGUGGGGGAUUGAGUUCGGAUGGAGCGGUGGAUAA